AUGGCAAUCUUCCUGUUCCAAUUCAUACGUAGAAAGCUCAGAGAAUGCCAGGCUCGCAAGGCCAUUCCCACGACAGAUGACUCCCAUCUAGUACCCGAGAAACACACAUACAACAAAAGCCAGAGAACAUUAAACCGUAAUGAACACGCAGGCUCAGAAGCUGCAGUACCAGGAAGUCAUAUCAACUAUCUCACUCCCGAAGAAGCAGCACAACAGAAAGCAGAAAUCCGUCGGAGAAAGAUUCGACAAUGGAAGUUGAUCCUUGGACUUUUGCUACCCAAUUUUCUGGCUGCUAUGGACGUCACUAUUGUGGCUCCUGCGAUACCACUUCUAUCUUCACAUUUUAAUCGCCUAUCUGAAAGUUUCAACUGGAUAGUGGCAGCUUACACCUUGACGUUUACCACAUUUGUCCCAGCGUCCGGGCAGCUGGCCGACAUCUACGGUCGCCACUUCGCACUCCAAUUCGAGAUGUUUUGGAUCAUGAUAGGCAGUGUGCUAUGUGCUGCUGCUCAAUCUUGGAGCAUGCUGCUCUUGGGUCGGGCACUACAGGGUUUGGGUGCUGCGGGUAUCAUGAGUCUUAGCCGUAUCAUACUCUCUGAUGGAGCGACACUAGCGGAGAAUGCAUGGAAUAACUCACUCUUGUCACUCAUCAGUGGCGUGAGUUAUUCUAUCGGUCCUGUCAUCGGUGGCCGACUUGUUGAUGCAAGUUGGCAUUACAUUUUCAUCCUCCCAAUUGGUGUAUCGAUCCUCGCCAUGCUGGUGAUCUUCUUCGUAAUGCGAAAAGAGCUUGUACAAGGCAGUGCCACGGAAGCAGGUGGAUCACGACGCCUUGGCUAUAUUACCGGACUUGCCAUAAUCGACUGGCCUGGUCUGGUCAUGUUCAUCUUGGGGGUAGGAUGCAUCAUUCUCGCGAUCCAAUGGGGCGGAACACAAUAUGCCUGGAGCUCAGCCCAAGUCGUCGCACCGUUCGUCGUGGGUGGGAUACUUUGCAUAUCCUUCUUCGUUUACGAAUAUCUUCUUGGACCCGGUCGUGCUGUAGCCCGGCUCUUCCCUCAACAGCGGCCCAUGAUCCCCUCGACACUUUUUCGCAAGGCAGACGCCAUUCUACUCAUGAUCAUAAACUUCUCCACUGGCAUAUCUAUAGUCUCGGCGUUCUACUUCAUCUCAUAUUACUGGCAGUUCGCAGAGGGCUACUCUUCCAGUAAAGCAGGUGUCCAGCUGUUAUUCUAUCUUCCCGGUCUCGGCUUGGGGGUUCAUAGUGCGACGCUUCUUUGCAACAAAUGGCCUCGUCAGACUUAUUCGCCGCUACUCCUGGGUUCCAUCGUUGAAUGUCUGGGGCUCACCUUGCUCACAUACUCGGUCUAUAUCCGCAACACGAUAAUGGUCAAGAUUUUCCUAGCCGUGGCAGGGGCUGGUACAGGCCUUCGCUUCAUGCCCGUCGUACUCCACGGGGCAGGUAUCUGGUCCACGUGCAUAUCCAGUAUGCAAUCACUACUAUCCUUCAUGAUUCCGCUCGGAGAAACAAUCGGUAUCUCGCUGAUGGGCUCUGUAUUUUCCAACAAACUCGCCACUUUCCUCGCACAGGUCAAUGCCCGUACAUAUGGGACAGCUCUACCUGCUACCGGAAUACCUUCUCUUGAGCUCCUCGAUAAGCUCCCUGAAGCGGUCAAACAAGACAUUCAGAACGCUGCUGCCAAAGCCGUCAUGUGGUCGUUCGUUGCUGUGCUGCCUUUUGUGGGCUUGUCACUUGGCGCAUCGGUCUUACUAGGCAAUGUUUGGAUUGGGAAGCCGGUAAGGGCAGCGAAAAAGAACAGUCCGGCGCGUGGGGCGGAAAAAGAACACGGAGUACUAUGA